AGAAGAGACUUCGUCAGGCACCUCCGUACGUGGCUUCGCAGCUGAGUGUUGACGCGAUGUACUGGUUUGACAGAUGAAGCUACUGGGUGCGCUGGGAGCAUUUUAAGGCGGUUUAAAUAUUACAUAUUCUUUACAUACUGGAUGUGUUUGGUGUCGGAGGCUCCCUCGGCCCUUCCUCCUCCUCCUCCAGCAGCAGCAGCAGCAGCCCGGUGACCGACGGCUACAAAGCCUCCUCCGGCCCCGGCGGUUCGACAUGGCGGAGAGCGGGUCAUCGGUUGAAUUCUCCGGCUCCCUGACGAGCUCGACCCUUCCGCCGCCGAGGACCCGCAUCUUCAAGAUCAUCGUGAUCGGGGACUCGGGCGUCGGGAAGACCUGCCUCACCUACCGCUUCUGCGCCGGCAAGUUCCCCGAGAAGACCGAGGCCACGAUCGGGGUGGACUUCAGGGAGAGGCUGGUGGAGAUCGACGGCGAGAAAAUCAAGAUCCAGCUGUGGGACACUGCAGGCCAGGAGCGUUUCAGGAAGUCCAUGGUGCAGCACUACUACCGCAACGUGCACGCCGUCGUCUUCGUGUAUGACGUCACCAACGCCGCCAGCUUCCGCAGCCUCCCCGCCUGGAUCGAGGAGUGCAAGCAGCACGCUCUGGGCACCGAGGUCCCCCGGAUCCUGGUGGGAAACAAAUGCGACCUCCAAGACUCGGUCCAAGUGGGCACGGACGUGGCGCAGCAGUUCGCGGACGCCCACUCCAUGCCGUUGUUUGAGACGUCCGCAAAGAACCCAAACAGCCAGGGAGACGGGAACUCCGGAAACAGUGACCACGUUGAGGCCAUUUUUAUGACGGUCGCCCACAAGCUGAAGUCCCAGAAGCCCCUGGUGCUCAGCCAGCCGCCGGGGGCUUCAGGCGCCACCGUCAACCUGAGCAGGGGCAGGGAUGACGGGGCAGACGGGGGCCGGAGCUGGGGCUGCAGCAGCUGCUGAGGGGGGAGAAUAGUGAGACAAGUUCAGUCUGAAGGAUAAUGAGGCAGAAGAAAGAAAGGGCGGAUCGAGCAAAAAUGGCUUCACAAUCAGAAAAACACAGAUUUGAAUGUCUCAGCGGAGGGGAUACAUUUUUUCACUGCUUGUGCUUAACUUUAUAAAUGACUUUAUAUGAUUUGGGGUCGUAUUUACGAUGUGAUUCUUGUUUUUUGGAUCCACCGAUCCUGAAAAAGUGGCCAAAAAUCGUCCUUUAAGGAAAUAGUUUAAGCCAAGGCCGAGCUGUAGGGUGUGGACAAAAUACCAGAGCACUUUAUAAAAACCAUCCAACCAUUUCAUCUGUGUCAAGACAGAGAACAAGUCUCACUUUGGUGUUGUGAUUUGUGCUUUUUGUUGAAAGCUGAACGUGAUAUUUUGUCCACUCCCUUCUUGUCUGAUUUGUUUGGGUUUAUUGUGACUCUGCAGGUGGAUGUCGGUUCUCGUUCAGCUGCCUCAGUAAAGGCACACUGUGGAGCUUUCUUCCUAUUGAUCACCGUAUUUACACUCAGUCUUUGUUUACACGCCUCGUUUCCACAGAGUUCUGCUUCAUGUCUGUAGAAAUAGUGCAAGAAAAUGCAUUUUAGUGACGAUGGAUACACAUGAAGGAGGCUAAUCAGAUGCAGAAAUCAAUUUUUACCGUUAGUUUGAUGGAAUCUGUGCAUGAAGCGUUACUGCCACUAAAACAGGACCAAUAAUAAAAGAGGAGAGACAGAA